CAUUUUGUGUUGAGAGGUCGUCGCUAUCGUUUGCAGACUUCUCACCGUCUCCUUGCAAGCUUUGUCUUCAGGGUUGGGGGUCUCUGCGGAGAGAUGAGACAUUCAAAAAGAACUUACUGUCCUGACUGGGAUGAAAGAGAUUGGGAUUAUGGAACAUGGAGAAGCAGCAUCAGUCAUAAAAGAAAGAAGAGAUCACAUAGUACUGCCCGUGAGCAUAAGCGCUUCAAAUAUAACCACUCCAAAACAACGGACAGCUAUUAUCUGGAAAGCAGAUCCAUACAUGAAAAAGCUUAUCAUAGUCGGCGCUAUGUUGAUGAAUACAGGAAUGACUACAUGGGCUAUGAGCUGGGGUAUGCCUGUGGAGAACCUGCAAACAGAUACCAGAAUCACAGUAGCAAGUCCUCUGGCAGAAGUGGAAGAAGCAGCUACAAAAGUAAACACAGGAGUCACCACUACACCUCACAUCGCUAUUCUCAUGGGAAGAGUCACCGAAGGAAAAGAUCCAGGAGUGUAGAGGAUGAUGAGGAGGGUCACCUGAUCUGUCAGAGUGGAGACGUACUAAGUGCAAGAUAUGAAAUUGUUGAUACGUUAGGUGAAGGUGCUUUUGGAAAAGUGGUGGAGUGCAUUGAUCAUAAAGGGGGAGGUAGACGUGUAGCAGUAAAAAUAGUUAAAAAUGUGGAUAGAUAUUGUGAAGCUGCCCAGUCAGAAAUACAAGUUUUGGAACACUUAAAUACAACAGACCCACAUAGUACUUUCCGUUGUGUCCAGAUGUUGGAGUGGUUUGAGCAUCGAGGUCACAUUUGCAUUGUGUUUGAACUCCUGGGGCUUAGUACUUAUGAUUUCAUUAAGGAAAACAGUUUUCUGCCGUUUCGAAUGGAUCAUAUCAGGAAGAUGGCAUAUCAAAUAUGCAAAUCUGUAAACUUUUUGCAUAGUAAUAAAUUGACUCAUACAGACUUGAAGCCUGAAAACAUCUUAUUUGUGAAAUCUGACUACACAGAGGCUUAUAAUCCCAAAAUGAAACGUGAUGAACGUACUAUAGUAAAUCCAGAUAUUAAAGUGGUGGACUUUGGAAGUGCAACAUAUGAUGAUGAACACCACAGCACAUUGGUAUCUACAAGACAUUACAGAGCACCUGAAGUUAUUUUAGCCCUAGGGUGGUCACAACCAUGUGAUGUCUGGAGUAUAGGAUGUAUCCUUAUCGAGUAUUAUCUUGGAUUUACAGUUUUUCCAACUCAUGAUAGCAGGGAACAUUUAGCAAUGAUGGAAAGGAUUCUUGGACCACUACCAAAGCACAUGAUACAGAAAACCAGGAAACGCAAAUAUUUCCAUCAUGAUCGAUUAGAUUGGGAUGAACACAGUUCUGCUGGCAGAUAUGUUUCUCGGCGCUGUAAACCUCUGAAGGAGUUUAUGCUGUCUCAGGAUGCCGAACAUGAGCUUCUCUUUGACCUUAUUGGGAAAAUGUUGGAGUAUGAUCCAGCCAAAAGAAUUACUCUCAAAGAAGCCCUAAAACAUCCUUUCUUUUACCCGCUUAAAAAGCAUACAUGAUUUAUAAACACGGUGCUCAGAAAGAAAUCUUACAGACUGUCCACAGCCAACUGGAUCCCUGGAAGAUAAGCUGGGGAUAGAUGGGUAGGCAGCGGAAAAGAACGAAGCCAGGACAACGCAAUUGUAGAUUGAGACCCAAAGUUUAAUGGGGGUCUCAAAGUAUAUAUAGGCGGGGCAAGACCCUUCCCCAAAUUCCAGGAGGUGUUCUGUGGAACUGGUCUGGUUGGGAGGUAGCUCUAUUGCUCAGGCAGCUGGGACCAUCACCUGCUUAAUUCAGGUAUUCGUAGACCUGGAGGAACAAUGAACUUCCACCUUCACUCUGGUGGAGCAGGGUCCUGGCUAGCACAGGAAUCCCCACUCAACAAAAGGCUGGGAGAGGAAGUUCACCUUGAUAUCAUUCCUACCAGGUGGCAUGACACCUCAAUAUGGACUGUAUCAGUCUUUUAAUUAAGUUAUUUUGUAUAGCUUUGUACAUUUAUGUUUUUUAGAUGCUUUAUUAAAUAUAUGGUCAAGCCAAAUAACAUCUUUCAGUAAUUAUAGAAUGAUUUAUUUGGAAUAAACUUUGUGCUUAUGAAUGUAUAAAGGUGUGUA